AUGGCGACUCAUCCACUACUUUCGGACCCUCUCUCGGGCUCGGAAGACCAACGUCAAACAAGAAGUCUUAGAAGAUCAACAACUCGUUUACCAGUAACGACUCAAUUUCCCAGAGAGUCUGCUUCUACUGUAACCCAACCAACACGGCCUCAUGCCACAAAUCGGAGCCUUCGCCACGUUCCUAAAGGCGAGAUAUCCUCGAGUCGUACAAUCACAAACUCUCGCCUACCGUCCAGAAACGUUCUGCCAAGCGUUGUACAGGCACAACCUCCAUCGGCCACCCCAUCCGUCCAGAGUAGCUCGAACGAAGCACAGUCUCUGGGCCGCCGAUCCGUACGUCCUCCUGCUCUGAGCACAAAGACACCAUCUUUAGUAUCAGGCUCGACUAUAUCAGGACCGGAUAGUCCCCGUUCGGCAUUACGUAGAAAGCCCUCUACAAUCGAUCGAUAUGCCCUACGCGUGAAAACUGACCCCGAGAGCAUGCAAGAACAUCGGAACUUGAUCAAGACAGUGCACACAGUGCAGCAUGACGAUGAUCCCUUCCCAGGAGCCAUCUUUGGCAUGACUCUUCCUCCUACUUCUGGACAUAUAUCUCUGAAGACUGCUAGCCGGAUACCAAACUCAGAAAUCAGAAUAUCCAAUCCAAGGACCGACACCAAAACCUCACGCCCUGUGGUCGAUAUGCAAGCUCCCUUCUCAGAUGCUUCGAGCAGAAACACAGACUCGCCAUUCAGCCACCAAUCGACACCAACUUCGGCCUCCUCACACUCUUCGUUGGCUGCAUCUACUUUAGGGUCUGCACGUCACAGAGAUAGCUUAGAUCUAGCUCGUGCUGCUGCGAAGACGCUCGCCAAGAAGGAAAAGUCUUCCACUACCAGUAUCAGCUCCUCAUCAUGUCAAGAAACAAGGAAGCCUAGUGUAUCUGACUCAAGAGACCAACUCAAACAAGCGCAAGGGGCGAUCGGACAAAGACCGUCAUUCUCGAAUCCUUUUUCCGCCAAGGCCACACCUAUUCAUAGCAAGGGAAGCCUCGCUUUGACAAAGCCCACAAGCCGCAGCAAAUCUUAUGGAGCACUUGUUGACGGUGUUGCGCCAGAGUUCGCACAUCUCAACGUCGACCUACCACAGACCCACUCGACGAUUAGAUUGAUACCUCCUAGACGACCAAGCAGGGACGGUAUUGAUGGUCUAGGUCCUCCCUUGGACAUACCUGUGGUGCAAAGCAAUCUCUCACAUGUCACAAGAGUGUCCUCUCGAGGAUCAAGCGAAACGGGACGAGAAUCACCACCACUGAGUCCACGACGAACAUUCGGAUUCACUCAUCGAACUUCUUCUCGUCAAAGUAACAAAUCCCAAACAUAUACAGCGACACCUAAGACGCCUGUUGAUCGCUCUGAAAUGGGAACUCCUCUAAGUCGCAAAGACUCACCAAUGGUUGGGCCGAGUCCAAAUACUCUGAGGUCUCCUAGGGCGGGUAUACUGUCCAAUUUCCACACGAAAUCAUCCACUCCUCCAAUCACGCCUGAGAAGCCUAAGAAAGGACCUGCAGCGGGUACUGGUCAUGAGGGUUAUGGCAAGUUCGGCUUCAGAGGAAGAGGGAGCAGCAUAUUUGGUCGGACUACUCGUUCUUCUAGCAAGGACAGCUCGACCAGUCACUCAGGAUUCUCGUUCUUGAGCAGAAAGAAGAGUAUGACAGACGAGAGUGAAGAUAACUUGGAUCAGUUUCUGCAAGAUAGACGAGAGCCCAUAAUCCUUCGGGGAAAUGGGAGACCGGGAUCAAGCUCAGAUGAACGAAAUUUAGACAACAGUACUAAGUCUGAUCACGCGGAUGAGAUCAAGCACCACAUAGAUUCCUCAGUCUCGAAACGAGGUACACCAACAGUCGGCGCUAGAAAGCCUUCGCUUUCUGAGCUCUGUGCGGAGGGUAAAGAGGGUCAUUGGCUGAGCUCGCCCACAUCGAGCAAAAGCCCGACACUGAUGCAGAGAUUCAAGUCCAAGAUCACAAGUCAAAGCCCGAACGAGAUUGACCGUCGACAAACACAUACUCCGCUGCACUUCGGCUCCAUUGAUCAGACCACCGAUCUCGACAUUACAGAUAUAGAGAAGCUUCUCGAUGGCGACAAUCGUUCCUCUCAAAGUUCCAAAAGCUCUGGAGUCGAUCCUAAAACUGCCAACUUACUUGUAUCCUAUGAUCGAAGACACGAAGAUCUUUUGCCUAGCCCGAUGGAUCACUCAUCCUCGAAGAGAACAUCAUUAGGAUCUCCUGUUCUCCUUCAAGCUAAAACGAUGACUCAAGUGAAAGCUCCUCAGCUUGUGGAAAUAUCCAACACAGCUGGCACAUUAUCUCAAGACAACUCGAAGGUUAGACUUCGAUCUGUUGGCAGGAUCCCAAAAGUUGUGCGAGUCGAUCAGGGUUCACAAUCCCCACUUCCUCAUCAGAAUGCGCCUAUUGUUGAAGACUCUUCGAGUCAUGAUCCGGAAAAGGACCAAGCUGCUUCUUCGAUUGCCGACGAAUCACGAGAAUUCAUUGCGUUUCCUCCAAGAAAGGAUUCAGAGCUAUCUUACACCAGCAGCUCUGGAUUCGGGAGCCCAUGCAUUACAAGAACAUCAUUCGUCGGGGAGGACGAAGUCUGGAACGAAUACGACAACUUGUUGGAUGAGGUUUUGCCCCCUAAAGUGAGGGCAUCAACUACGUCCUCUCUCGGUGCACCAUUUCAGUAUGGCGACAUGGUCGACCACAAAGCUACAAGUCGCAAGGAAGAGACACCGAGGAGUAUCUCGGAUCCUGAGGCUAGCAGAAGGGUAUCAAAUUUGGAUACAAGCCGUCCAAGCACCACUUUCUCGAUAUCUGACUACCUCAUCGAUGAAGAAGAUGCUAAAUCCGAGGUUCCCAUGUCCCCUCGCAAAUUGGAGAGUCCCCAGAUCGCGCCUGCCCUUCCUGAUCGACGAAGCGUGCGGAAACCAAUCUCUAGCAAAGAGGAAAGACCAAUGGACAACUCUGUCUCUGCGGAGUUGAGAUUUGCAGCACUCAUGACGAGUAAAUGGCUUUCUUUCGGGCGACUUCUGUUCAGCCCCGCUCACGAAGAAGCGAUGACCGGCGAUCAUACUCGAAUUCUCAUCGUCGACGGUCUUGGGAAGGAGUGGUCCUACAACUGCGCUUUGACCUACCCAAAAUGCCAAUUCUACAAUCUUGGGCCCGAGCCAAAUUCACCAUCUUGGGAAACGCUAUCCAACCACCAUCAUGUCACACAUCCAUCUAUUUCUACACCAUUCCCAUUCCCUAACAAUUACUUUUCGGCGGUGGUCUUCCGCUUCCCUAUCGCCGCCGCAGAUGAUGCUUACCAGGUAUGCUUCAACGAGAUCAAACGCACAAUGCGUCCAUCUGGAUACCUCGAGAUGUCAGUCUUAGAUCUGGACCUUGUCAAUAUGGGUCACAUCGCACGAAAAACCAUUCGCGAUCUAAAGAUACGUAUCCACGAACAAGACAGCCAAAUCAGUCUUUGGAACCACGGUGACGCCUUCCUUACACUUCUCGGCAAGCGCGAAUUCGAAAACUUGCGCAAAUGUGUCGUCGGCAUCCCUGUAGCUGGACGCAUACGAAGGAGCCACGACAGCGAGCCUGAAUACCUGCGUUUCACCGAAUGGAUGCAAAGCAGCGGCAACAAAAACAAUGAAGAAGACGAACGACAUGAAAGACGCAACGAUGAAGAUAUUACGAAGACGGUGGCUAAAAUAGGACGCUGGUGGUACUCUUCCUGCUACCCGGACCCUGGCCACACGACAGAGAUGUGGGAUACACCUGGCUUGCUACGAGAAUGUGAGCGUCAGAGAACAAGCUUCAGACUACUUUUCUGCUACGCACAGAAGCCAGUCUGCGUCAAGAGACGCACAGCGAGUGUUUGA